AUGAAGCAAUAAAGAAUGCAACAAUAGCACUAAGUUAACAGAAACGAAGUCUGUCCAUUUUUAAUACGCGUAUUCCCUGUAGAAAAUAACUCAUUAGAUUUAAAAUACUUUGAAGAUGGCACUGCGCUAAAGAAAUAUAAUUCUAUAAAUGUCUAUGCAUGGAAAGAUGAUACACUGAGAAAUAUAAUAGAAUUAAGUAGAUCAUAAAUAAAAAUUCCAAGCGAUGUUAAGAAUUUAAGAUUUUAUUUGAAUUCUAUUUAUUAAGAUCCUAAAAAUAAUAAAUGGGUUACAAAAAAACUAGGAAUGAUUUAUGACUAAGAUUUAAGCAGUAAAGAUAGAAAAGACGAGCAAUAAACUUUAGCUAAUUUCUAAUUUAUGAUAGGAGAUUAUAUUGAAAUUCAAAUUGAAUAUGAUUCUCACAAUAGAAAAUAUUGA